GGAAGCCGUUUAAAUCUAGGUCUUCAUACUAAGCUUGCUGGAAGGUCGCUGUAGCUCAUGGUGUCUUCCCCAGAUCUUGGUGACCGCAACUUGUCUUUAUCAUGGCUUCUGUUCAUACAAGUCGUCAUAAACCAUCUUGGGCAAAUUACAGAAGGCAAAAUAUUAAUAAAGUAGAAGCGGUGAGCUGCCAGAUAGCGCAGUGGCAAGCGCCACGCAUGCACCGCCAACAUAGUGCAUUGCGUAGCCAAGAGGGCUGAACACACCGACGGGUAGAAACAUGUCUGACAUUAGCUGACAGAAUCGAUUAGAACGAGAAUGGGGGAAAUGCGACAGGCUAGGUUACGCCCUGUCUUGUGCAUGACAUUCAAACUUGGGGCCAGGCAUAGGGGUGCCUCUAGCUUGCAGCCCAAUCACUUAAGCGUCGAUGAUCCAUCGCACUGGAUGAUUUCGGCUGUAUAUGGGCUAGCGACUGGUGCACGUAUUUUACUACCAUCCCAACGUAUUACAGCUAGUAUGGAUUCUCGGUUUAUUACUCGCAGCCCUACACUCUAACUCUUUCAAGCCUCCAUCUAACGGCUCGAUGGCCGUUUAUACAAACGGCAUCCUCAACUUUAGAGAACAUCAUCUAUAUAAUAACCCCGUGUUUGGUACCCCUAGGAAUAUAUCUCUCUUUUCAACGAAGGGAGCCAUAUCGGCUGCUUCCCCUUCUUGAUUAGAUAACGGGUGGCUGCCUAGUGGUCACUGGUCAAGUGGCCAUACAGUGUCCAGUGGAUGCCAGAAGCGCAGCCGGCACUGCCUGCCCCGCCGACCCAGCUCAGCGCGAUUCACUCACCAGUGCUUCACUCCAGACUUGACACUUCUGAAACAAGCAAAAAGAUAUCCUACUCACAACCCCACCGCCCUCUUCAAACUCCAAAAGCAGAUACGUUGCAGGUCUCUGAAACUCGCACAAUAGCUUAAGGAAUCUACGCAAGGAAAACCUUUGCCCAGCGCCGUCUCUCCCCAUCGCUUGCAUCCCAUUGCCGACGUCGUGCAGUGAGGUGCGGGGCUUCACGGCGCUUAGAGUAGGAAUCAUUUGAGCCAAACUGGUUCUCGCUUGGUUCUUUUCUCCCUCAUUUAUCACCAGAAACCUCUGAAAAUGAACGUUCUCUUUGAAGACGAGGUUCAAGUAACCUUCCAGGCCGUGAACCCUGUGCCUGGAUUUAUCGAGCCCAAACGCGAAAUCCUUCUCAGCGCCGCAAACCCGGAAGUGAUUUUUGGGCGAUGCUCUUCCAAGCACCAUGACCUGGAGCCAGCGGCCGAUAACGGCUAUAUCAGCUCACCCAUUAUGUCCCGAGAGCACGCUACAGUUUCCUUGGAUCCUGAAACAAAGACCAUCCUAAUCGAAGACCACGGAUCGACACACGGAACCUAUUACAACGGCUCUGCAACCGCCAUGCAUGGUGCACAGGAGCUCGCAAAGGAUGACAUGAUUGCGUUUGGCAUAACCAUUACCCGUGACGGCCAAGAAUUCCCAAGAUGCAUCAUGAAGGUCAUUGAGAUCAUCAGGGGUGAAAAGCGCAGAGACGACAGAGUCAAGACGUAUGGGCUCAUCGAUAUUGAGUCCUCUGACGAAGAAUUGGACCUCGAUGAUAUUGUGGACGAAUUCGAUGACCGGGACGAAAUUCAAGAAACGACAAUGUUGGAAGUAAACGAUAUUUCGGUGCCGUUCUCACAGGACAAUGUCAUUUCGAUUGAUCCUGAUGUGCCACCAAAGGAUGCUUUGCUGGAUGUUGCUCAUUCAGAUCCAGAUCCAAGAGAUGAGCUCAUGGUGCAAGACACUACUGUAACAAUUGAUCUGGUGGAGAUUGACGACACUCCAACAGAUGCACAAGCUGUAACAGACUCUACCCCGCCAACCUCCGUUGAAGAAACCCUAUGCGCGACGAGUGACAUUCGCGAGAUUUCACCUGCCGAGCCGCCAGCAACGCGAAAGAUUGCCCCUCUUCCCAGUCGCUUCACGGAAAAGGUAGAAAAAGUGAAGCAAUCUGUUGAAACUCAGGUUGCGGAGGUCAUUCUUGAUUCACAGGCCGUUAAGCGAGCACAUCGUGAUGUUGGAGAAGAGGGGGAUACCGACGACCGUACGUAUAAGAGGAUUCGCAAGGCCGCGGAGGUGUUUGGAUACAUGACGCUUGGUGGUGUAGCGACUGUGGCCGCGUUGAUUGCAAGUGCCCCUGCACUUUAAGCAUAUGGCAUGUUGUUGGUCGAUUUGGGUUACCUUGAGAUAUUCUGGUUUUGUUUUGUUUUCGGUUUGUACUGUUUGACACAUAUCUUUGACUGUAUUUGCUUAGCUGUUUUUAAGCCAGGGUGGCUUUAGGGAGUUGGAAUUUACAUAGGAGUAUCAACUGCAGUCUUUAUACUGACAGAGACGGAAAGAAUGAAUUUGACAUAAUUUUACUACGUGUUAACGCUCCCCCA